AACUGUCCGUUCGUGGCUGCGGGGUAGGACGCAAUCCGCGUCCGUGUCAAGAGGAGGAUCUGGACUCUUGGUCCGACCUCUGCUCUGCUUUUGGCUCCGUAGAUCAUACUCCCCCGGCGCAUCUUAGCCGCAACUAAAUUUCGUUAUAAAAGCAGGAACUCGUUUCUCUCAACCGCGAAACUUAAAUUUGAGUAAGGAGAGAUGGAAGGAGAAGAGGAGGGAGAAGAGGAGAGAGAAACCAACGAAGACGCUCUCAAAGCUCAGAUCGCGAUUCGCUGCGCCAAAGCAGCGUUUCUGCUCGAAUCGCUGAAAUCGCCUCGAGUUCAUACAGCAGAAGACAUAGACGAGGAAAGAGCGCGGCUGCUGAGAUUCGCUGCAGAUCUGAGGAUAGAACUGGUGAAGGGGCGACUCAAGGACAGGAAGAUGAGGCUUCGCAGCUUGGCGGAGGAACAGCUUAAGAAAGGCUCAGAUGCCGCACAUGUGCACUAUGACGCAGGUCAAGGUGCUUGUGAAGCAGCAAACAGAAUCUCCGAUGCCUUUUCCGAUUUACCGCGGUUAAAAAGGCCAAAUGGUGGAGAAUUGAAAGCGUGCAGUUGCAUGAUAAAUCCAAGAAAUGCCGUGGUAUUUUCUAGGUGAGAAGAACUUUGAUACUCGGGCAGAGUGUGACCCAUGAUACACAUGGACUUUACAAAUUACUUGGAAUUUGCAUAGAUGUAAUUCAAAUUAAACUUUUCAAUUUAUGGAUCCUAGUCUAGAUGUAUCAGGUACAAAUGCACUUAUUAUUUGACCUUUGGAUCGGUGGAGAUUAUUAGACAGUUGGAAACAUAAAAGUAUCUGAUUGUCCUGUUUCAACUAAAAAAAUACAGGUUAAUUUAAUAUGACUGAAUAUGUGCCAAAUGUAUAAUUUCUAAGUGCCUGUAUAUCAAGUGUCUUGCGCUGCCAGAGUAGCAAAUAACUCAUUCAGAAGUUAGGCUAGUCCGCUUUAGCUACCAUGGACUUCUCGUCAGAUGCAGGGCUCGUGCCAGUGGUGGAACCAUACCAUGCUUGGCCGACCUGUUUGGAUUGUUAGUUAGUACGGGGAAGACCAUGUUCUGAUUUCCAAGCUGGCCUCAUCAUGGUUGUCCAAUGCACCAAAUACCCUCCCAGAUUGAAAGAUCCUGGCUGUACAAUAUUUGGCCCUUUCCCUGGUUUGAACGUGAAUCAUUGUUAGAUUCUCUCAUUCAAUUAUCCGUUAGAUUUUUCCUCUGGCCACUCUGCAUGGUACAACCUUUGGACAAGAAUUUCCUACCACUGAAUGGAGCCGUGU